AUGGCAACUAACUCUCUUCAUUCAAUUCAACACCAUUCUCUCAUCAAACGCCAAUACUACUACCCUUCUGAAACAGCUCCUCCAUCCACACUUUCAUCCUCACUUUUCCUCAAACCAACCAGCACCAGCAUAAGCCUCUCUCACUCUUCAACUUCAAACACUUUUACCACAUUUUCGCUAUCUCAAACAACAUCUUCCACACCAUCAUCAACCUCUCAAUCCUCCUCCUUUGAACUCCUUCAGCAGCUUCUCUCAGCCAAAAACUUCCGAGAAGCUGACGAUGAAACAAGGCGCCUCCUCAUCGUCUUAGCAGGCGAAGCGGCUCAGAAGCGCGGAUAUGUUUUCUUCUCAGAGGUCCAGUUCAUCUCAGAAACCGACCUCCAAACAAUUGACAAGCUGUGGAGGGAGCAUAGUGACAACAAGUUUGGGUACAGUGUUCAGAAGAAACUAUUUGAGUUUAUAUGGGAACUCAAUGAUGAUACACCAGAGGGUCAUUUACCUUUGACAAAUGCACUCAGAGGAACACAGUUGCUGAGUAAUAUUUUUAGCCAUCCAGCUUUUGAUGCAGUCCAAGAUGAAGUUGAAGUUUCAUUUGGAGGAAAUGGAGCAUUCAAAGGGUUAAAAGAUUCAUCAAAGACAUCAGCUCAGAAUAUGCUCAAAACAGACUAUAGUUUCUGA